AGCUAACCCCCCCCAACCCCCAUUCCUAUCGCCUUGUUUCACUAAGAUUUUGCUAAACAUUAGACACAGCAAGCACAUGACCUCCAGUCUUCCAGUGUCUCGGAAUAAACCGAUAUAAAAACAUUCGAUUGGCGCGGCUGUAAGUUUUUCUAGGCUUGGAAUUUAAGAGCCUUUAGUUCUUCAACUCUUAAAGACCUAUAGCGCAAAAUUUAAAUUUAAAAUAUUUUUAAAUUAAAAAAAAAACCGCUCCCCUUUUUUAACCUUUAGCCCCGCCCAUCGCCCCCCCAGCCUCCACGCGAAAACUGCAGGAAACCGGAGGGGGCGGGACGGUGACGUCACGACGCCGGUGCGUCACGGAACGGCGGCGGCUGCGGCGCUGGCGACGGCUGCGGCAGCGGCGGCAUUUUAGUCAGCAGCGGCGGCGGUAGCCGGGCUGCUGCUCCUCCCAGCAUCCCUGGCGCGGCCAUUUCAGCCCCAUCUUGGCUGAGGGGAGGGAGCUGCAGCCGCCGCUUCAGCAGUUUGAAUUUCAGUUUCUCCAGAGCCUGCAAACCGGUCGCACCGAGGAGGAGCCGAAGAAGCUACCGCCGCUACCUCACACAGCCAGAGCGCCGCCGCUUGCCGGCCCGCCGGCCGCCGCCCCUGAUUCUCUCAAGAGCCGCGAGGGGAGGCCGAGACCGCCGCCGCCGCCCGCCCGCCCGCGGGGGUGGCUCCCCCUGUAAGGGGAGGACCGAGCCGGCUUUCCCCUCCCCCGGAGCGGGUUUCCGCCAGAGACAGUCGACAUGUCCCUGGGGCUGAGCUCCGGCUAGAGCCGGGGAGGGAGGGCCGCCCGGCCGCACCGAAGCUCCGCCGCCCGCCCGCGGCUCCUGGCUGAAUCAGGAAUCCCCGGCUCCGGACUCGCCACUCCUCCUUCUUCCCUCUCGGCGUCCGAGAGCCCGGAGCUGACGCCGGCACUGGCUCGAGGAGCGGGACAGCACCGCCCCUCACGCCGCCGCCGCCUCCUCCCCUUCGCCCUCCCACUCCCACCCCCAGCCUAGGCCUGCUGACCGCGCGGGGCGCCGAGCUGGACUGACCACGGCGGCCCGGAGACGCGAGGAGGAAGCAGCCGGCCCGCCCCUGGGAUCGCGCUUUCGCCGCCACUGGGGGUAUUGAAUUGAGGCACCGCGACUGCGGGAGGCGAGAAGGAAGGAGGAGCCGGCGCGCGAGUGAGACGGGGGCAGAGCCGAAGAGACCGACACGGAGAAGGAAACGGGAGGAGGAUGUCUCGCGGAGCGACCGACGCACGGAUCAACCCGUGACUCUUACAGCGGCGGGCCUCAGACCCCAGCGCGGACGCGGACUUUGUCUUUGGGGGCCCUGCUCUGCCCUUCCUGGUUUCCGGCAAGAUCGCAGAGGAGGCGGCGUGCCUCUCUGCCCUCCAGCCUUCCUCACCAUGUCCAAGAUGCCGGCCAAGAAGAAGAGCUGCUUCCAGAUCACCAGUGUCACCACAGCCCAGGUGGCCACUAGCAUCACCGAGGACACCGAGAGCCUGGACGAUCCGGACGAGUCACGCACAGAGGACGUCUCCUCCGAGAUAUUCGACGUUUCUCGGGCCACGGACUACGGCCCCGAGGAGGUCUGCGAGCGCAGCUCCUCCGAAGAGACGCUCAACAAUGUUGGGGAUGCGGAGACUCCCGGUACCGUCUCCCCCAACCUCGUCCUGGACGGGCAGCUGGCGGCCGCGGCGGCCACUCCCGCCAACGGAGGAGGAGCCGCUUCGGCCCGCAGCGUGGCUGGGGCGCUGGCCAGUACCCUAGCGGCGGCCGCCCCCUCGGCCCCCUCCUCAGGGGCCUCCGGAGCCCCCCCGGUCGCGGGCCCCUCCGCCGGGCCAGGGACUGCCGCCCCCUCGCAGCCCCCCACCACUUGUAGUUCCCGUUUCCGCGUGAUCAAGCUGGACCACGGCAGCGGGGAGCCGUAUAGACGCGGCCGAUGGACGUGCAUGGAAUACUAUGAGCGGGAUUCCGACAGCAGCGUCCUGACCCGGUCCGGGGAUUGCAUUAGGCACAGCAAUACUUUUGAUCAGACUGCGGAUCGGGACAGCGGCCUGGGCGCCACCGGAGGGUCCGUGGUGGUGGUGGUGGCCUCCAUGCCGGGGGCGCACGGGCCCGACUCGGGAACUGACAGUUCCUUGACUGCUGUGUCACAGCUACCCCCGUCGGAGAAAAUGAGCCAGCCCGCCCCGGCCCCGCCGCAGAGUUUUGGCGUUGGGCAGCCGCAGCCGCAGCCGCCGCCCGUAGGUGGGGCUGUGGCUCCGAGCUCGGCUCCGCUGCCGCCGUUCCCGGGAGCUGCGGCCGGGCCGCCGCAGAUGAUGGCAGCCCCGCCGCCCAGCCAGCCCCAGGGCGCCGCGCCUGGCUCCGUCCCCCCGGGGCCCAACGGACAGGGGCUGCCGCUGACGAAUGUAACCCUGGCGCAGCCCGGCCUGGCCCUGCCUCCGCAGCCCGGCCCGGCCGUGGGCGCUUCUGCCGCGCCGCCGCCCCAGCAGUUCGCGUAUCCCCAGGCUCAGAUUCCGCCGGGCCAUCUGCUGCCCGUCCAGCCUGCCGGCCAGAGUGAGUACCUGCAGCCGCACGUGGCCGGCCUGCAGCCGCCCAGCCCGGCGCAGCCCUCGUCCGCGGGCGCCGGAGCGGGCCCCGGCCAGAACGCCUCCUCCACGGGCGCGCAGAUGAUGGGCGCGGCCUCCCUGCCUGGCGAAGCCGUGGCCCCGGGGCCGGGCCCCGCGCAGGGCGGACCGGCCGCGCCCGGUCAGCCGGCCGGAGUGCCCCCGGCUGCCGUGGGAGGCGCGGCGCCGUCGGGCCUGGUUCCCGCCGGGGCCGGGCAGCCGCAGCCCGCGCCUCCGCCGCAGAUGGGUGGCAGCGGCGCGCCAUCGGCAGUGCCCGGCGGCCCUCACGCCGUGGUGCCCGGAGUUCCGAACGUGCCUGCAGCCGCGCCCGCUCCCAGCGUGCCUAGUGUGUCUACCACUUCUGUUACUAUGCCAAAUGUACCCGCGCCCUUGGCCCAGGCGCAGCAGCUGGGCAGCCAUCCUCCGGUCAGCAGGAGCGGCAGCAUCAUCCAGCACGUGGGGCUGCCCUUAGCGCCAGGCACGGCCAGUGCACCGACGAGUCUACCGCAGUCUGACCUAAGCCAGUUUCAGACUCAGAUCCAGCCUUUAGUCGGGCAAGUUGACGAUACUAGAAGAAAAUCCGAACCCCUACCUCAACCACCACUUUCUCUCAUUGCUGAAAUUAAGCCUGUUGUGAAGCCUCCUGUUGCAGAUGCCCUGGCAAACCCCCUUCAGUUAACACCUAUGAACAGUCUCUCCACCUCUGUAUUCAGCAUAGCUAUUCCUGUUGAUGGUGAUGAAGACAGGAAUCCUUCAACUGCUUUCUUCCAAGCGUUCCAUUUGAACACGAUUCAGGAAUCAAAGAACCUCUGGGAUAGUGCAUCUGGGGGAGGUGGUGUAGCCAUUGACAACAAAAUAGAACAAGCAAUGGAUCUGGUGAAAAGCCAUUUGAUGUAUGCAGUAAGAGAAGAAGUGGAAGUUCUAAAGGAACAAAUAAAAGAAUUAGUUGAAAGAAACUCUUUACUUGAACGAGAAAAUGCACUGUUAAAAUCUCUUUCAAACAAUGAUCAGUUAUCCCAACUCCCAGCCCAACAGGCCAAUGCUGGUAGCACUUCUCAACAGCAAGCAGUGAUAGCACAGCCUCCGCAGCCAACGCAGCCUCCGCAGCAGCCGAAUGUGUCCUCAGCAUAAAGCUUUCUUGCCUCAUUAAGAAAAAAACUGAAAGCAAUCUAUCCUUGUGUGCCACUGGUGUUCUUUCCACUUUAUACGAAAGCAAGUAGCCAUGCUUCAGUUGUGUGUUUGGCCUUUUCAGUAUUAGACAAUCAUUCUACAAGAGCUUUUCCUCUCUUUGAGAUGUCAUGCAGUGCUGUUGAUGUCCAGUUUAUGUCAUCAGUACACAAGGAGAAUAAUAGAUGGGGUGUAUUAAAGAGAGCAAAGUUAGCAUUUUACCUGGUGCGCACGAGUGGGGUCUUUUAAGAGCUUUGGUGGCUCUCCCAUGUUUCCUAUUAUCCAUGGAUUUACCCUGAGCCUUCCUAUCGCAUUAUAAAUAACAGUUCAUCUAAAGAGCCACUUUUCUUUCAAUAUCAGUAACAUUUGCCUACAUAAGUUUUCAUUUAUUUGUGUUUUAUUUAUUACAGGGCUGCUAUUUUCAUAAUGUACAUGAACAAUGUCACAGAACUUUUUUAAUUUUUUUGAAUAAUUAUAAGUAUCAGUAAAGGAAUUGAAAGGCAGGAUUGCAUUUAAUAGAUGAAACGUUUAGGCAAUAAUUGAACAAAAGAAUCCUGGCAUAUUUCUAACACUAAUGGCAAUUUACCUUCGGUAUUUAUUUUCAGUAGUAAAGACCCAGCUUGAAUGUAAAUUUUGUAUAGUGUAAGUAUGAAGAACAUAGUGCAACUGUACAGGUAGUCACCAGUUAUUGUGAUAUAAUAAAUAAUUGGGCUAUUUUGAUGAAGAAAACUUUGUUCAUUUGUUUCUACUUUCUAAUAGAGAAAUUGCCACGAUUCCUCUGCUUUUUGACAUUUCGUAUGACUUUUUUUUCGGGUGGGAAUAAAAAGCUGUGAAAUUGUUCAACCUACUUUGUAACCAAAGAAGCAAAGCUGUGUAAUGGAGUUUUGUUUUUUUUUGUUUGUUUUUUUUUUUAUAAUGCACAUUCUUUAUGUAUUUUUAUUUAGUGUUCUCUCGGUCACAAUUUUCUUUGCUGUCUAGCAUGAUCUGCAUGACCUAUAAUCUUUGAACCACUUUCGUACCUCAUGUUUUUAUCCAGCACUCUUAUUGUAAUAUGUACUAGUCUGUGAACAAUGUCAAAUAAAAAAGAACGAACAGGUAGUAUGGUGGAGCUGAGCUAGUGUACUAUACACUAGUUGUAAAAAAAAAAAAAAAAAAAAAAAUAAUGAAGUGAGCCAUCUUUUUGUUCAUUUAAAAUGGUGUUUUGAAUUUCGUAUGCAGAAAACGUUUUGUUACAUUGCAGAUUUUAAUGUAUUUAAUAAAUGCAACAUGCAGAUUAAGUGCAGUGUAUACUGAGUAUUUAAAUUAAAAUGUACAUUUCAUAAAUACAGUUUCAAGAGAAAGCAUCAUUUUGUGUAUACUAACACAUUAAGUAUAUGUCAGAAAUUGAUGUAUAAAUAUAUAUUUUAACACAUUUUCUGAAAUUAAACUGCAGUUUUGUUGAAA